UCGAGCUGCACUUUACAAGCGCACAGUUCGGCAUUAUCGCUCUGAACACGCGAUUUCAAUAUGACGUUUAUUGUGGAAUUCGAUCCCUUGCUCGGAGGGGCGGGCGUUAUUUCGCGCGCACAGAAAGUACGCGAAUAUCCCAGAGUCUGACGCUUCCAUCUUGUUGGCGGGCGUCGUACAAGCAGCUGCUGACAGGAAGACGCGCACACUUGGAGCUUGUGUGAGGGAGGCUGCAGCAUUCGGCCUGGAAAGUCUCACAAACCAAUUUCUGUGAAUGAAAAUGUCGCGCAGCACCAGUAUCUUCUAAGAAAAUUGUCAUAUGAGUAUGGAUAUGGGUAACCAACAUGCUUCAGUCACAGCUCUUCAAGAAAUACAGAAGAAGGUCAAAGAGAUUGAGCAACAAGUGGUGACAUUUAGUGGUCUAAAGAGUGACCCAACUUAUAAAAAGCUUGAAAAAGCUCUAACUAAACAGUUAUUUGAAAUAGAAUCUAUUGACACAGAAGGAAAAGGAAACAUCCUGCAAGCUCAAAAGAAAGCUACUGAAGAGACCGAAAGAGUUUUAAAAGAACUGGAGCAGAAUGCGACUCAUCCGUGCAGACUUGAGAUUGAGAAGAUCUUUAGUGAAACUCAGAGCUUAGUCGCACUGCACAUUACACAAUUUAAUAAUGGGGAUGGUCAGAAAACAGAUGAAUUUGAGGAAAGAAUUCAGAAUAUUCUAAAGAGACUUACUCAAGUAAAAACCGAUGGAAAGAUUCCAUUAAGAAAAGCUAGGUACCGAACUUUAACUAAAGUUCUUGCCAUUCAAGAAGUAUUAGAAAGCUCUACUCAACAGCAAGUACUUUCCCUCCCUCUCUCUGCUGAGGCACAUCCAACAGUUUCUAAAAUUAACUCAAUUAUGUGUGAUGUGAACAAAGCCAGAUGUAGUCUCCUUGCUCUUCUAGCAGGCGUCAAUGACAAUGAAACAUACAGGCAUUUAUCUUGCACUCUUACUGGUUUAAUUGCAAACCUGGAUGCUCUGGAUGUUUCUGGCCACACAAACAUAAGGGAGUAUCGGAAAGAAGUGGUGAAGGAGAUCAACAGCUUGCUGAAAUAUCUGGAUUUAGAAGAAGCUGAGCUGGGAAGUGCUUAUGACUUAGGCCAGAACCAAACAAUUGUAAAAAUAGAGGAUCUUCGUAAACAAAUGGCAUUAAUAAAGAACAGUCUUCUAGAAGUGCACCAGCGGGUGUCUGACAUCCAUAUGGGUACAAAGUCAGAGUUGCAGGGCAUCAUAGCGAACUUGGAUGAAGUUAGUGUAGGGAGAAAUCCUUGCAUUCGUGAGGCUAGAAGAAGAGCAGUAGUUGAGGUCCAGGCUGUCAUUACCUACAUUGACCUCAAAGAAGCUCUUGAAAAAAGGCAGAGCUUACCAGAACACACAGUGUCAGAGCCUCCAUGCUAUAUAGCUGUAUGGGCUGUCUUUGGACAUUUAUCUGAGCUUCAAAAGGAAGUCCUCUUCUUUGACGGGAAGAGAGCUGAUAAAAAUUAUAUGAGACUAGAAGAAUUUAUCACUAAACAAUUGCUGGCUCUUGAUGCCAUUGAUACACAGGAUGUCCGUACAAAGGAUGCAAGAAAACAAGCUGUGAAGCUUGCAAAUAAUAUCCUUGGAUAUCUUGAUAUGAAAACUGAUGAAUGGGAAUACUAAAAAAAACUACUGGCUUAGCUUUGGUUGCACUUUAUAUAUUAUUGUAAGGAUCAGGGCACACAGGCAGAUUCGGGAAGAUUAGUCUUCGGGGGCGACUAAUCUCGCCAUACUGCAGACGGGAAGGCACUCAGCAUGAUUCGUUUUUCCAAAGUCGCCUGAAGUUGCCUAACGAGGAAACUUCGGAAAACAAAUAGUUCCGAGUGCCUUCCCGCCGGUGAUUUUCAUUAUAGCCGGAGGAAGGCAGUUCGGGGAGAUUUGUCGCCAGGUGACUUAUCUCCCCGAAUCUUCAUCCUUUGAUAAUCCUUGCAAGAUAAGGAUUUUACUAAACCUAUUAUCUGCCAUAAAAUAAACCUUCAGUCAAAAGAUAACCAGUUUUGACAUUGCUACAGUCAUGUAGCAAUGCAGAAUAAAUUCUAGCAUGUCAAUGCUAAAUAUCCCACAGUUUGCCUUUAUGAAGUGGAACAAUGUGUGGCAUACUUCUAGUUGUAUCGCCUUUCUAUUUUCUGCUGAUUAUUAAAUAAAAUAGUUCUUUGUGUUUUAAGGGGUUGCUACAUAUUCAGUGUUAUGUGCACAUUUUAAUAUGUGUGUCCUUUUUUUGUUUAUAUAGUUCUGUGUAAAAAUAAAAUAAAAUGCUAUAGUGCAA